UAUAACUACUGUGCAGUGUUGUAUGAAAAAUUUUAAUCCAUAUCAGAAUGUUGCUACUUCAUUAAAAACUUACCUGGAGGUGUGUUUUGUUUCAUUUACACAUGUUUCAGUAAUCUUUUAUUAUUAGUCAGUCAGUCUACAUCUCCAAAGCUCAAAAUACUCUGUUCCACCUUGUGAUGUCAGGACGCGGCGCUUUUCAAGUUAACAGCUACAUUUUACCUUUUGUUUAGCAGAGAUUGGCAAUUCCAGGGUUGAAAUUACACAAAUUAUCCUAAUGAAGGUGUAUGGAGUUUAAAAACACAGUGGAGCACUUCCUGUACUACUACAUGUCAUCACAAGGAGGAGUUUUUCCAGUUUCAAAGAAGAACUCAGCCUAAAUAUGCAGGCUUUGUGUGUUAAACAUGUGUGAAUGAAACAAAACACAACUCCAGGUCUGUUUGUGAUGAGGACAUAUUAAAACAUAGUACUUUUAAGGCUUUAUAAAACAGGUAGGUAGAGAGAGGUUAUAGACAUGGGGUGUAUGUGCAAUGCUAUACCAACGAGCACUUUGCUUUUGUUUUUAUUAUCUCACACAAUCGCAGCAGAGUCACAGAUCUUCUAAUUACAGGUUAUAUCUAUCAUAAUCCUUUUGACAGGAGACAGAGUUUAAUCGGAUUAUCCACACUACCUCCUCAAAUCAAGUCAUUUGCUUCAUCGUGGACAAAAGUACUACUAAAAUUUGACUCUAGAUGUGCCCAGAUUGAAUAAUACCGCAAUAUGUAUGACAAUAUGAUAUCCACCGGUGUUCAAGUGCACAAGUGGGAAAGCCUAUUAGCCCCACCAUUGGUCCAAGGAGGAGAUUGAGGUUAGUCUAAGCCCUAAUCCCUGUGAACCGUAUGCUUACGCCCCACCAGACCCUGUAAAAACCUUGACUCCACCCACUCAAGCAGCACAUAACACAACACGCAACAUCUUCACACGCUAGCAACACAUCACUAGCAUACGGCACUGUUUGUUUUUCACUCCAAUUUUCAUCCCAAAUCUUCCUCCGAGUGUGUCUCUGUUGCAAAAGGAGGCAGCGGGAGUAGAUUGAGUAGUUUCCCAGUCGCCAUGACUACCUCACACCCCAUCUUCCUGUUGCCACGGUGACCCGAUCCACAUCCAUCUGGGCUCUUGUUGAUGAUCGCGAUCAGUGCAGCGGACGGAGCGUGAAGCCGGGGAGAGCGCACUUCGGGGACAGCGGAGAGAGGAGUGGAGGACAGUGAUGAGGGACUGACUCCGGGGGUUGCCUGGGAACAGCAGCAUGCCAGUACAACAGAUUACCGUGGUACCAGCCAGGGACAACGGCAGCACUGGCAAAAGCUCCUCACGCCCCAAAGACAAGAGUGAGGGGAAGAAGGCGCCUGGACGCUCAGGAAGUCGAUCCAGCAACAUCUCCAAGGUCAGCAACUCAACAGGACUGACCACUGCUUCGAGAACCUCCGUUACCCCAUCUUCUCAGGACAUAUGCAGUUCUGCCCCCCUGUCCCGUUUAGAAGAGGAUGAGUCUGAGGCACAGAACUCGGAGAAGCACACAAGCUCCUCUACAAUGACAGUAGCCAACGCACCUGUCUCCCCCUGCACCGCGCCGCCUCCCAAAAAACAGGUGAAGCGACGCCACCGACGCAAAGCCCCCACCUGCCCCUCCCUCACCUGCGUGGAACAUACCUCUAACCAGGACCUGACCGAGCGCAGCCUGAGCUCGGACCGCAGCGACAGGGGAGAGAAGAGGGAGCGGCCAGCCAAAACCAGGAAGGACCUAGCCCCUCGCCUCCGCUGCUCCGGCGCCCCCGAGACCGACUCCACCUCAGACGAAGACGCAUGGAGACAGGCACGCAGCUGGAGCAAGGAGAAGGCCAGGAGGGCUCGGAGACGCAGCCGGGAGAGAGACGCAGUCCAAACAUUUGAGAACAAAGUGGAAGAGAUGGAGCUGCAGUCUAUAAGUUCAGAAGAGGAGAAAGAGAACAAAGAGGAGAUGAAAGAGGAGAGCAGUGGAGGUCUGAAGAGGCGUCACGGGAGCAAGGCGUCAGUGAAACAAGACAUAUCUAGAGACGAGGCAUCAGAGGUGAGGGAGACCACUGUGAGUAAAGACCACGAGGAGAAGUCCAACACCAGUACGCCGUCCACUGAGGAGGAGGGGCCAGAGGAGCUCAUCACCAAACGCUAUCAAGAGAGGGGUGCAGGGGGUGGGGACAUGUCAGUGCCCGUUCCUCAGGCCCACUGCACGGGCAACGGGGUCACCAUGCUGCACCCAUGCUCUGACUCCGAGACAGAGGUCUGCAGGAUCUGUCACUGUGAGGGAGAUGACGACUGUCCCCUCAUCAUGCCCUGCCGAUGCACAGGGAGCCUCAGUUUUGUCCAUCAGACCUGCCUCAACCAGUGGAUCAAGUCCUCAGACACACGCUGCUGUGAGCUCUGCAAGUUUGACUUCAUCAUGGAGACCAGGCUCAAACCUCUACGCAAGUGGGAGAAGCUCCACAUGUCCAAAAGUGAAAGGAGAAAGAUCUUCUGCUCCGUCCUGUUCCACCUCAUCGCCAUCGGCUGCAUGCUGUGGUCAGUCUACAUCCUGGUCAAGAGAACAGCAGAGGAGGUCCGAAUAGGGAAGAAUGACGAAUUAUGGAGACUUUCUCUUACGAAGUACUACGAGUCCGGGGGUGUGCUGGAGUGGCCCUUCUGGACUAAGCUUAUCGUGGUGGCCAUAGGCUUUACUGGAGGACUCAUCUUCAUGUAUAUCCAGAGUAAAGUGUACCUACAGCUGUGGCACCGACUCAAAGCCUUCAACCGCAUCAUCACAGUACAGAACUGCCCUGACAAGGAGCUGCACAACCCCCAGGCCCGCAGGUCUCACCACAGCACUCACAGUGUGGAGGUCCCUGUCAGCCCGGAACCUGUCAGCUCAGCACCUGUCAGCCCGGCACCUGUCAUCCCUGUACCUGUCCCCACACAGGAUCACCCAGACUCGGACAUGUCUGUGGAAGCUGCUGUGGCUCCUGCACACAGCCCUGUCUGACUGUUUUACACUCAUUUGCACAACUGAGAUCUGUCGAACACAUAGAAUUUCUGCAGAAUACAAACUCAGAGGGAAAUAAUGAAAAAGGAUCCUAAAGCCAUCUUCUUAAGACUGCUGUGAAGUUUUACUGUUUCACUAUUUGGUGAAACCUAUUUUUGUAUGCACGAUGUAAAAUGCAUCGACACUCUUGGCAGUACUGUUGAAAAAGGGAGUAUUGGUACACUAUUGCACACAGGGAAGUUUAGACACUCCAGAGCCUCUGUCAUACUUGUUUUUGUAGUCCUAACAUCUUGUUCACACUUUCUGUAUGAAGCACUAGUUUGGAAUUAUUUGAU